AUGAGCCAGGCCUUAGCCUGGCCACUCCAUAUUGGGAACGAUUUCCCAACCUCCAUCAAAGAUGGAUUGCAAAGUUGGGAGACCACUUUACUCAUAAAAGAGAGCUCAGGAGAUCUAUCAACGAGGGGCUUGUUAGAGUAUAAAGACACAACCUUUGGACCCAAAGAUUUCAAAUACACCACACCAGUUUUAAACAUCGACGAAAACAGCAUAGCGGAAACACACAUACUCGCAUCAAAAGCCUUUCACUACCUUGCAACACCCCAGGAUAUCCAAACUCGCGUAUCAAAUCUUCUCAGUCUUCGACAAAAGGCUGGUAUAUUGAGUCGCCCUCUGAUUAUCUGGGAGCCAGCUCCUCUCUCAUGUAACCCAGAAAACCUUCAAGUAUUUCUCGAAGCAGCUCAUCAUGUCGAUAUCCUAAGUCCAAAUCAUCUCGAACUAGGAAGAUUCUUUUCGCGAACAUGCAAGGAUACAUCUACAAAGACCGAUAUCGAAGAUUUAGCAUCCACAAUCAUGGGUAACGGUGUUGGACCAGAUAAAAAAGGCAUAAUCCUGAUCAGGGCUGGCGAGCAAGGGUGUCUUAUACAAUCAUGGGAUUUACCUUCAACAUGGCUACCACCUUUUUAUGACUCGGAGUCGAGCUCUGGACAGCAGGCGGUCGGAGUAGUUGACCCAACUGGAGCAGGGAACGCAUUUCUGGGUGGCUUUGGUAUCGGCUAUAUCAAAACAAUGGAUGCUGUCACUGCAGCCUGUUUUGGAACUGUUUCGGCGUCGAUGGCGUUAGAACAAAUUGGAAUGCCUACGAAGACUCACAGCGGGGAUAUGGAAUUAUGGAAUGGAACUAGUGUCCAGGAGAGACUACGAGACUAUAUGUCCAAAAAUGCAGUUGAACGGUCUUUAGGAAGAGACCAAAUACCGCAGAGUUAA